AUGAUGGUGCACACCUCCUCGUACUUGGGGCACUUGAUCGUGCCACCCGCAAAGUCAACGGACGUGGACGCAGGUGAGAGGAAGCCGCCCUCGGGGCACUCGUGCCACGCAUCGUUGCCGAGUUGCUUCACCUGCACCGUGCCCUCCCCGCACCGCACCCGCGCACACACGCCGCUGACGCCCUCCGACUCGCUGCCCUCCGGCCGCUGCUUCACCCGCAGCGAGUCCCCGUCGAGGCACCACGAGCCAUGGCCGGUCAGCUACCCGAGGAGAGACGUCACGCUCGCGUCCGAGCACCUGCUGCGAACGAAAUCCCUAUCCGUGGAUUAG